ACAGCUCUAGGUAUUGCUCUCAUGCCAAGAAGAUGGGUGCUGCCAAGGGAGGGCCAGGCAGGUUAGUGGUUGGCUCGGCAUUCCAGGGGUGCACAAUGCCAUGGGGAGCUAGGCAGGGCACAAGCAGAGCAAGCACAGUUCCCAGGAGUAUCUCUGCAGGCUGGGUGAUUCUGCUGUCACUUAGGGCAAGGACUGCCUGCAUGGCUGAAGGGCUGCCCUUGGAUGUGGCACAUGGAGCUGCACUCCAGCACCCCAUACCCAUACCCACCCAGCUCACUGGCAGGGGUGCUGGGAUUCCCCAGGUGGGCAGAGUCACUUGUUUACACCCUACCACACAAGCAGUGAGAUAAGGUCAAUGUUACCUACGCCCCUGGCAUCCUGUUUGGCAAAGCCUUAUCUGUGCCACCCACGUGUGGCUGCUGCCAGGUGCCAGGGAGCAGCAGGCAGCAUGGGCAGGGCUACCCAAGUGGCAGUGAUGCCCAGUGAAAAGGCUCUCCAUCACUGCCUUGGCAGUGAAAGACAAGAGGCAGAGAGCUGUCCUACAGCUGAGAUCAAAGAAACAUCUCUGAGAGGGACAAGGGUGGGCAGGAGUGAUUUCCCCAAAACUAACCCCCUAUUCCACAGCCAGGGCUGUCCCAGUGUUGCAAGGUCCCUGUGGGUGGGGGGUGUAGGGUACCACUGUCCUUGGACUGUCUUGGAAACAUCCCUGUCCAUCUGGUCCUGACUAAUCCUUGCAACCAUCUCACCCUUCCAGUCCAGGGUGGCAGUCAUAAUGCAUCUCCCUGUGGCCAAACACUUCCAAAUUGUGAGAAAGUUUUUAUCGGGUGCUGCUCUCCUGCAGGAUCAUCCGAGGAGGCUCUGGCUGCUGGGGUUGUGCACCAGGUGCCACGCUGGGAGACUUGUUCAAAGGCACCCUGCAGACCAGGGACAGCCUUUGGGUCAAACACUCCCCGGGGACCUGGGGAGGCAGGGGAAUCAUCUGCUUCCCGUGCUCAGGAGAUGCCUCUAAAGCUUCAGAGGGAGCUGUCCGAGUUCCCAAGGAGGAACAGAGGGAUAGCAGCAAUGAGGCUGCACCCCAGGGGUGUGGGUCCUCACUGGUACCAUGCUACACUCCCAAAGGGGUGCCAUUGGGUGCCUCCUUGCUCCAGUGGGCUGCUGAGCCCUCCCCGGGGGCAAGGGGGGCUCCCCAGGAAGGUGCCCCCUCUAUCGCCGGCAGCAGCCGAGCCGGACGGGCUGUGCCAGGGUGACUCGGUUCCUCUGCGGUUCCUCUGUGGGGACAUUGCACAAGGAGGGGAGCAGGCUGUGCCACCGUGGGGCGGGAGCCUCUGCUGUAAACAACACAUACCCGUGCCCGUUCCCCAGAGACAGAGCCUGCGGCAGAUCUCUCACGGGAGAGAGAGCAUUGCCUCUGUCUGUUGCUCAGCGCUGGGGCACAGUAAAGGAGGCACAUUUCCAUUCCAGAUCCCUGCGUCCAGAGGGACAGUAACACAAGAAAGUAUCUUUGUACCUGCUCCCUCGAGUACAUGCUGAGCAAAGCCCUGGCUUGGAGCUUGCGCUCUGCCUUCAGAGGGGUGGGCACAGGGUGCACUACGUUUCCACCUAGGAAAUCUCUGCACUGCUCAGGCAGGGACAGGCCCUUCCUUGGUAAGUGAGGCAGCAGGAAUCCAAUGGGAGCAUGUGUCCUGCAGCAUCCUGAAUCCCUUCCAGGGAAGCCAACCUUGGAAAUCAUCUGAGAUGUGAAAGGGCUCCUGGCCAUUAACCAACUCCCAGCAGAGCUGAUUUGGGUCUUCUCUUCCUCGUACCAUGUGUACCUUUUUCCACUACCUGCAAAGCAACCCUCAGUAUCUGUCCUGCCAUGUAGAACCCCCUUUCUGAGCCCAGGUAUCUGUGGGCAUGGAGUACCUGAUCCCACAAAGUGCUUUGAACUUGGCCAUGUACUGCCAUGUAUUUUGCAGCAGCAGCAGCCGCCUCUGAGUGUCAGCCACCUUGAUUCUGUUUUUAGAACAAUACCAGAAACUAUUUGUAGUUAGAAAAAUAAAGGUGGGAAUAUUUUUUUUCUACUACUCUACCCUACUGUGUUGGGUUUCAGCAGAAGUGAAACUGGCAGGGGCACAGCCUGCUCUCUCCUUGGGCCACACACCCACAAACACCUCUGUGAGUCCCAGCAGGUGUCUCAUCAGUGGGAGAGGCAGUUCCCACCCUGGCCAGCUGACCCUCAGCAUUUGAAGAUGCUCUCCUGUCCCAGCAGCUGCCCCUCAGCCUCUCUGCCUGCCUCUCCUGUGCCAUAAUUGACCACCCUCAGCAGAUGAGCUGCUAGAAAGGGAGUGCUCCUGAAUUACUGGACAUACAGACUCAUCCCCAGUAAUUCCAUAGAAAUAGACAAUUGCAGUAAAACAUGAUGCAAGGAAGAUAUCCAGAGACAGGAACUGAGUUUCAUUUGUAUUGGCAAAGUGUAAAGUAAUUAGUGGGUUAUGACUUUUGUGGGAUGGGUUCCUCCUUUUGUUUAGAAUGAGUCCCAGUGGAGCAGAAUCAAUUUCUUUGGAACUGGAAGAUGAAUGUGACCUGCAUGGCUCUUGCUUGGUUUUAGCUGGAAGCGAGCAGAGUAAUUCCUACAGAAAACCCUGCCAAGGCAGUUUUACGUAUGAGCAGAAUGGGGUAAGGAAAGAUUUGUUAUGAUUCAAGAAUGAUCCAAGGGGAGGUGGACGCAAUUAAGCAUAUUCCUGAAACUCUGGUGGAAGUUUCUAAUGGAAAUUAAGAAGUCAGGGGAAGUUCCUCUGGCAUAUUAUUGGACCUUUCUUAUAAAGAUAAGGACAGGAAAAUACAUUGUGUAAGUAACUGUUUAUAAGCAGUAUAUGAGGAUUCACAGCCAGAACAAAACUGCAUGCAAGGAGAGCAUCCAGCAUGAGAGCUGGGAGGCUGUGAGCCACGCUCCCACUCAGCCCCUGUGGGACCUCAUCACACCUCAUCCCUCCUCUGCCUCCCAACCACCAGCGUGGAUGCUGCCACAUGGACAUGGGCACUGCUGUGGGACUGCAGUCUGCUGGGAGGACAUGGACUCUGGGCUCUCGUGGCAUCUACCUGGGCAUCGCUGCCAUCACAUGGGGCAUGGUGUUGUGGGAGGAGGUGGAUGCCUGGAAGUACUACUACAGUGACCGAGGGGACUACACAUGGGACCAGGCCAGGAAUUACUGCCAGACCUUCUUUACCGACCUGGUGGCAAUCCAGAACAAGGAGGAGAUCGAGUACCUCAACGAGAACCUGCCCCGCCAUGGGACCUACUACUGGAUUGGCAUCCGCAAGCUGGGAGGCAUCUGGACCUGGGUGGGCACCAGGAAGGUUCUGACAAAGGAGGCAGAGAACUGGGCAGUUGGGGAGCCCAACAACCGCCGCUCCAACCAGGACUGCGUGGAGAUCUACAUCAAGCGGAAGGAGCAGUCGGGCAAAUGGAAUGACGAGCCCUGCAGCCGGAAGAAAAAGGCGCUGUGUUACAAGGCCUCCUGCCAGCCCUCCUCAUGCAGCCAGCGUGGCGAGUGCGUGGAGACCAUUGGGAGCUACCGCUGCGAGUGCUACCCCGGCUUCCACGGCCCUGAGUGCCAGUAUGUUGUGCAGUGUGCUGAGCUGAAGCCCAAGGGAGUGCACAUGAACUGCAGCCAUCCCUAUGGAAACUUCAGCUACAACUCCACCUGCGUGUUUGGGUGCCAGGAGGGGUUCAAGCAGCAAGGGAUGGGCACGCUGCGGUGCCUGCCUUCCCAGGAAUGGUCAGCAGACAUCCCCAUCUGCACAGCCAUCACCUGCCCAGUGCUCAGUGCUCCAGACCAGGGAGAGCUGAACUGCUCCCACCUCCAUGGAGACUUCGCCUUUGGCUCCAUGUGUGCCUUCUCCUGCCAGACAGGGUUUGCACUCAUGGGGUCAGAGAGCCGCCAGUGCACAGCCACGGGGACAUGGACAGGGGAUGCCCCACGUUGUGAAGCCAUUGCCUGCCCAGUGCUCAGUGCUCCAGACUGGGGAGAACUGAACUGCUCCCAUCUCCACGGCAAUUUCACCUUUGGCUCCACUUGUGCCUUCUCCUGCCAGACGGGGUUUGUGCUGAAGGGGCCGGAGCAUCGGGAGUGCACGGCCAUGGGGACAUGGACUGGAGACAUCCCACACUGUGAAGCUGUCACCUGCCCUGUGCUCAAUGCACCAGACCAAGGAGAGUUGAACUGCUCCCAUCUCCAUGGGAACUUCACCUUUGGCUCCACGUGUGCCUUCUCCUGCCAGAAAGGGUUUGUGCUGAUGGGGCCAGACAUCUCUGAGUGCAUGGCCACAGGGACCUGGUCUGAAGACACUCCACGCUGUGAAGCCAUUGCCUGUCCAGUGCUCAAUGCUCCAGACUGGGGAGAGCUGAACUGCUCCCAUCUCCAUGGGAACUUCACCUUUGGCUCCACAUGUGUCUUCUCCUGCCAGAUGGGGUUUGUGCUGAAGGGGUCAGAGACCCGUGAAUGCAUGGCCACAGGGACCUGGGCUGGGGACACCCCACAGUGCAAAGCCAUCACCUGCCCAGUGCUCAGUGCUCCAGACCAGGGAGAGCUGAACUGCUCCCACGUCCAUGGAGACUUUGCCUUCAGCACCAUAUGUACCUUCUCCUGCCAGAUGGGGUUUGCACUGGUUGGGUCAGAGAGGCGUGAGUGCAUGGCCACAGGGACAUGGACAGGGGAUGCAACACGAUGUGAAGCCAUUGCCUGCCCAGUGCUCAGUGCUCCAGACCAGGGAGAGCUGAACUGCUCCCACCACCAUGGCAGCUUCACCUUUGGCUCCACAUGUGCCUUCUCCUGCCAGACAGGGUUUGCACUGAUUGGGCCAGAGAGCCGUGAGUGCACAGCCACGGGAGUCUGGACCGGGGACACACCACAAUGCAGAGCCAUUGCCUGUCCAGUGCUCAGUGCUCCAGACCAGGGAGAGCUGAACUGCUCCCACCUCCAUGGAGACUUCGCCUUUGGCUCCACGUGUGCCUUCUCCUGCCAGACAGGGUUUGCACUCAUGGGGUCAGAGAGCCGCCAGUGCACAGCCACGGGGACAUGGAUAGGGGAUGCCCCACGUUGUGAAGCCAUUGCCUGCCCAGUGCUCAGUGCUCCAGACUGGGGAGAACUGAACUGCUCCCAUCUCCACGGCAAUUUCACCUUUGGCUCCACUUGUGCCUUCUCCUGCCAGACGGGGUUUGUGCUGAUGGGGCCGGAGCAUCGGGAGUGCACGGCCAUGGGGACAUGGACGGCACAUGCCCCACGCUGUGAAGCCAUCAAAUGCUCAGCACUGACCACCCCGAAGAUGGGCCAGGCUUCCUGCUCCCACCCGCUUGGGGACUUCACCUUUGGCUCCACGUGUGCCUUCUCCUGCCAGAAAGGGUUUGUGCUGAUGGGGCCAGAAAGCCGCAAGUGCACAGCCAUGGGGACCUGGACUGGGGACACCCCACAAUGCAAAGCCAUCAGCUGCCCAGUGCUGGACCCCCCCAGCAGAGGCCAGCUGAGCUGCUCUCACGUGCAUGGGAACUUCACCUACAACUCCACGUGCACCUUUUCCUGUGAGGAGGGGUUUGUUCGGAUGGGAGCAGAGGUGCUCUGGUGUGAGGCCACAGGGAACUGGACCAGGCAUCCUCCUGUCUGUGCAGAGGAUGGUGCCUUCUUAAAGCAAGUCCUGGCUUACAGCAGUGGCACAGCCCUGACAGUAGCUGGUCUUGUGCUCUCUGGGGGGCUCAUUGCCAUCCUUGCCAAGCGCCUCAGUGACAGAGAGGAGAAGAAGAAGCUCCUGAACCCCACCAGUGACCUAGGAUCACCAGGCAUCUUCACCAACGCAGCGUAUGAUGCCAACCUGUGAGCCUGCCCAUGACUGAACCCCACUGUGUCCCCCAGUGCUGCAGGCCCAGUGGGAGCUGCUGGUGGGGCCCAGAGGGACUCCAUGCCUAGAGCUGCAGCCCGGACCAGUGCUGCCUGUGGAGACUGUGCCCACACUGCACAUACCACCAGGAGGGGAAGCUGCCACCAGAAAAGGUGCUGGAGACCUGUCUGGGGCCAUGGGCCACUGUCUCAUGUGGGCAGCCUGCUGCUUGACCCGUGGACAUUCCCUGUGAAUUUGGACAUUCCCCCUCGGCUGCCCCAGGGACGGGCUUGUGUCAGCAGGGCCCAAAUAAAUGCCUGUGUCCAA